CAACUCACUUUCUCUCCCCCCACAAACUCAACAUCACAACACUUCAGGUUGGCAAUCCCUUCAGCGCGCGUCCACUCUUUCCCCGUCGAAGAUGUACUCGUCUUCGAUGCUCGUCGCGCUUUUCGCGCUCGUCAACUCUUUGCCUGGAGCACUUGCGGGCUUCUCGCCCAGUGCUACCGGAAACAUCGCGAUCUACUGGGGACAGAACUCUGCGAGCCAAGUCGGCGGUCAGCAGCGUCUUGCCUACUACUGCCGCAACACCAAUGUCAACACCAUUCCUUUGGCGUUUCUCACUGUAAUCAAGAGCACUGAGGUCAACUUUGCAAAUGCUGGUGAUAACUGCACCUAUUUUCCUGGCGAUACCCUCAAAAGAUGCCCUCAGAUCGAGGAGGACAUCAAGACCUGCCAGUCCCUCGGCAAGUCCAUUCUUCUCUCCAUCGGCGGAGCGACAUACGUUGAGGGAGGCUUCAGUUCCCCAACCGAGGCCGUCGAUUGGGCCGACCGUCUCUGGGCCAUGUUUGGCCCUGUCUCCAGCUCCGACAAGCGCCCUUUUGGUAGUGCUGUCAUCGAUGGUUUUGAUUUUGAUUUCGAAGCCGUUGCCAACAACAUGGUCCCAUUCGCCGCUCGUCUCCGUUCCCUCAUGGACUCGGCCGCUGCCACAUCUGGCAAGCAAUUCCUCUUGAGCUCAGCACCCCAAUGCCCCUUCCCAGACCUCGCUAACAACGAGCUUCUGAAAUCCGUGGCAUUCGACUUUGUCUCGGUUCAAUUCUACAACAACUACUGUGGAGUGCAUACAUUCCAGUUCGGCUCCCCCAACCAGAACAACUUCAACUUUGGCACUUGGGACAACUGGGCCAAGACUGUCAGCAAAAAUAAGAAUGUCAAGAUUCUCGUUGGAGUCCCGGGCAGCCCGUCAGCUGCAGGCAUCGGGUACGUGGCUGGAGGCCAGCUGGCCAACGUCAUCAAGUACUCGCAGACCUUCUCAAGCUUUGGCGGCGUCAUGAUGUGGGACAUGAGUCAAGUCUGGGCCAACACCGGCUUCCUCGACAGCGUUGCCUCGGCCCUGGGCUCAACCGGCGGAAACGGUGGCGGCGCAGCCCUGACUAUUGCGACUACCGCAGUGCCUGUUCCUACUACGACCUCGUCCACGCCCGUAGUGCAUACUGCCACUAACUGGGUUACAGUCACCAUCUGGGCCACAGCUACAGCUACAGGCAACGCCCCCGGUACGACUGCUAAGAGCACGUCGAUCAAGAGCUCGUCGGCUAAGAGCACGACGACUGCGUCUACGCCUACUCAGGCUGUUGGACUGGUCAACCAGUGGGGACAGUGUGGUGGCAAUGGCUAUAGGGGCCCAACUUCCUGCCGGGCUCCUUAUAGCUGUGUCAAGCUCAGUGACUGGUGGUCACACUGCAACUGAGUUUGCUUCUGCUUCUCAGUGAAGUGGAUAGUCGAUGUGGCGAUCGACACUCUGUGGGGUGGGACAUGAAUUUCCCCGUCAUAUCUGAUCGAUAUUGAUUGAUGCGGAGUGAACAUUUUCCUUUGCACAUAUUCGGCUCUCUCAUAUUCUGGUUGUUCAUAUUCUUGUACAUACACCAUCAUCUUCCUGUUUGUCACCUCUUUGAGCACUCAUGGUACGGCUUUCAAACGCUUUCCUGCUUCUAUUGAG